UUCUGAGCAGAGGCUUCCUAGCCUCCGUAGAGAUUUGCAUACAACUUCCACUUCCUGCUUCAGAGCCUGUUCUACAACUUACCUGGGCUUGGAGGAGGCGAGGAAGGUCGGUGGAGAGAGACCCAAGACAGAGAAACAGAGAGCGUGACCACUCCUUGGGCCCCGUUUGUCUGUCCGUAGUGGAUCUAAGAAACUAGAAUGAACCGAAGCAUUCCUGUGGAGGUUGAUGAAUCAGAACCAUACCCAAGUCAGUUGCUGAAACCAAUCCCAGAAUAUUCCCUGGAAGAGGAAUCAGAACCACCUGUUCCAAAUAUAGGAAACAUGGCGCCCAACAGCUUGUCUGCACCUAAAGAUCCUCUCCAUUCCCCAGGAGACAUUCCUCAGGUUCACCCUCCCCUGAAACUUGCAAAUCAAUAUCAGCCUAUGUCCCAGCAGAUCAGCUGCCUACGCUCUAAAGUCCUGGAGGAGACCGAAGACAGUUUCUUCAGGAGGCAUCCAGACCCAGGCAAAGAUUUUUCCUCAGGCUCCUCUGCAGCCAGUGAGCCUGAGCCUGAGUCUGUGGUCGGAGCCCUCCCACUACAGCAUCAGUUUUCAUUUAUGGAAAAACGUCAUCGAUGGCUGGAAUCUCAGCUUUCAGCAGCUUCUCCUGACACUGGCCAUGACUCAGACAAAUCAGACCAAAGUUUAUCCAAUGCCUCAGCAGACUCCUCGGGCAGUAGCCAAGACACGAUGCCUCCACCACAGCCCCACAGGAACCGAGCAGCCCCAGAUGUGCCGACGAUAGACACGGGGUACGAUUCCCAACCCCAGGAUGUCCUGGGCAUCAGACAGCUGGAAAGGCCUCUGCCCCUCACCUCCGUGUGUUGCUUUCAGGACCUCCCUGGACCUCUCAGGUCUAGAGAGUUCCCUCAGUUUGAACAGAGGUAUCCAGCGUGUGCCCAGAUGUUGCCUCCCAAUCCCUCCCCACAUGCUCCAUGGAACUAUUGCCAUUGUCCCGGAACGUGUCUUCCCCGGGUACCAUAUGGCCACAACUACCCUCGAGCAGCCUACCAACAAGUGAUCCAGCCAGCUCUGCCUGGGCAGCCCCUACCUGGGACAACUGUGAGAGGCCUGCCACCUGUGCAGAAGGUUAUCCCGAAUUAUCCCAGUCCCUGGCACCAAGAAGAGAGGCCUAUACAAAGAGACUUCUCCUUUCCAGGACUUCCAAGGUGUCAGGACCAGCAGUAUCACCAGCCACCUAAUGGAGCUGGAGCUCCUAAGGAGUCCUUGGAACAUCCUGCAGAGCUGAGACCACAGGGACCCCAGGCUCCACCCCCGGUUGCUGUGCCUAGACCCCCUAGUAACCCUCCAGUGAGAGGAACUCUGAAAACAAGCAACUUGCCAGAAGAAUUGCGGAAAGUCUUUAUCACUUAUUCUAUGGAUACAGCCAUGGAGGUGGUGAAAUUUGUGAAUUUUUUGUUGGUAAAUGGCUUCCAAACUGCGAUUGAUAUAUUUGAAGAUAGAAUCAGAGGUAUUGAUAUCAUUAAAUGGAUGGAGCGUUACCUUCGGGAUAAGACAGUGAUGAUAAUCGUAGCAAUCAGCCCCAAAUACAAACAGGAUGUGGAAGGCGCUGAGUCGCAGCUGGACGAGGAUGAGCAUGGCUUACAUACUAAGUACAUUCAUCGAAUGAUGCAGAUUGAAUUCAUAAAACAAGGAAGCAUGAAUUUCAGAUUCAUCCCUGUGCUCUUCCCAAAUGCCACAAAGGAGCAUGUGCCCACCUGGCUUCAGAACACUCAUGUUUACAGCUGGCCCAAGAAUAAAAAAAACAUCCUGCUGCGGCUGCUCAGAGAAGAAGAGUAUGUGGCUCCUCCCCGGGGGCCCCUGCCCACCCUUCAAGUGGUCCCCUUGUGACAGGGGCCAUUCCCAGACCACUGGAGUCUGGCCAUGCCUGGGGCCCUGUUUUGACAGCAUUCUUGUGGCUGAGGCUGGUCAGUGGCACUCACAGCUAUUUUUUUCUCAUUCCCUCCCUCUGAGGCCCACAAGCCCCAGAAAACCAGUUCUGCAGAAUAUCUGCCCUUAUGACUUGUUGCAUUCCAUUCCCCACCAAAGGUGAAAAUGUCUGAUGUGUUCUAACCAUCUGAUGUGCCCCUCAGUACUUAGUGACUAGAUAAUGUAAGUAAUGUUGCAACAAAUGUAAAUGACCACAAACACACUCCCGUUGCUUCAGGCUACUUUUAUGAAUUAGCCAGAUGUUUGAGUGUCUUCACAUCAAACUGAUUCAUGUACAAAUAAUAAAAUAUUUGUUUUUUGUAA